AUGGCAAUCCUCCGCAAAAAGACCAGCUGUGAGUCUGCUCAACAGCCUACUCAACCGCCUGCUCGUCCACUGGUACCCCACCUCGCACCCAUCGGGCUGGUCGCCAGUGACCCAGAAGCGCGGCAAAGACUGCGCCCCGAGGACAUCCCCACCCAGAUCAAGGACCGCAUGACGGCGAAGCACGAGUUCAUGGCGAAGCGGCAGCACCUCUUCGACGACUGCGACUUCAUCCUCCCCCGCCCCAGAGAGCUAUCCAGCACCGUUGCCCCAGAAGAAAAGCCUAAGUCUCGGAAACAACGCGUCUUGGCCACCAUCGCACACCCCUUCCGCGAGGCGCGUUUGAUCUGGAAGGAUCUGCGGCUGCUCAUAGCUGCGCGGAAGGAGGUUCGCUUGGCGAACGAGUUGGAUCGCGAGUACUACUUGUGGCAUUGGACCGAUGUCCUAAUCAGCCCAAUGUGGUCAUGCUGUCGCUUGACCUGGUGA